UUCAAACUAAUCCCACGGAUCAAGUACUUACGUUGUGUUUUUAAAUCUAAAAUAAACAUUCACUUUUAAUGUGUAAGAAAAACUAUAAACCAUAGGUAUAAAAAAGUUAACUAAAACACAAUGUUUUAAUUUUAAACUCUUGUAGCCUAAGCUUAAAAAUUGAAAAACUGUUCAUGAGUGUACUCUCGCCACCCACGUCAAAACAUUGAAAUUGAAGUGACGUUUACACAUUUUUAUGUCGGUGCUGUAAUUUAGCGAAUAAUUCGCCACGCAGCAUGGGAGAUGCAUCAGCUUCUGACCCGGAAUCCAAUAAACCUAGCCCCGGGAGCGAUGGCCCUCCUGAACAGCAGGACCGGCGUCCUUUCGGUGGUUUGGAGUUCCAAGUUUCUGAAGUAGUAGGCCGUUUGGAGGCAGGGGUUAACGCUCAAGAUGCACAAGAAGAGGAAAAGAAGCCGGAGGCGCGAAAAAUCAGCACAGGUUUCUUCGAACCAGAGGAAACGUCAAUGGAUGAGAUUUUGAAGGUUUUGGAAGAGUUGGUGUUGAAGACGGACCCUAGUUGUGAGAGUGUGGAGCCGCCGCUGUUGCCGACGGAUGCCGUGACGCGGGCGGCCAUACUGUCGCACAGCAUAUCCGCGCUGUUCGGGCGCCUGGAGCGGAGCCACGCUGCCCGGCUGGGCGCCCACAUCGCUACCGAGACCACGAGAUGGAUGGCUCAUAUGUUCAAACUAGCAGAUUACAAUGCAUACUACCACCAGGAGCAACUGGAGGGCCUCGUCAGAGUGACGCGCAUGUUGUUACAUCACAGAUACCCCCGAUAUUUGGAAGAUGGAGCGUUAGCAUUCACAAACAGACUGCCAUGUAUAUACAGCUGCGUGGCCAGUCCUCUGGGUGUCGUGCAGCAUCUGUGCAGACAGCUAAGUCUGCCUCUAGCGUGCGUCAGACCUGUUCCGGUGCAUCCAUCAGGUCAAGGUAUGGACAUAGAGGCUUUAGAGAAGUUAUGCGAUGAGGAUGUGACCGCGAACCGCACGCCGCUGCUCGUGUUGGGCGAGCUGGGCGCGCCGCCGCUGGGCUGGGGCAGCCCGCUGGCGCUGCUGGCAGAGAUCUGCGCGCACAGGAACCUGCACCUGCACGUCCGGGGACACGCGCUGGCGCUGCCCGGGGCCACGGGGAAGGAUGAGUCGUACAGCAUAGCAGAUUCGGUGACACUGACGCCAGGCCCGUGGUUUGGCGUUCCCGGCUUGCCUACUGUCACAUUCUACAAAAUUCCAGAACCAAUUGUAGUAAACGACCAAUCGAAGUCCACGACUACCGCUGGUCGCGAGGGCGCGCUGGCGGCGCUGGGCGGGCUGGCGGGCGGCGGCGCGCGGCUGCCGGCGCUGCCGCUGUGGACGUGCGCGCGGGCGGCGGGCGCGCGGGCGCUGCGCGCGCGGCUGCACGCCGCCUUCCGCGCCGCGCGCGCGCUCCGGAACGUCGUGGCCGCCGCCGGCCUGCGUCUGCUGAGCGAACCGCCAGGGGGCGAUGAACCACCAAAUGUAGGAGUUGUGGAAGCCAUAAGCAACGCCUCUGCCUGCGUAGCGUUUCAGUUCGCACCACCUGGAACGGAAAAACCGCCACCGUAUUAUGAUAAACUCAACUCUUGGUUGGGACAAGUGCUCCAAAGAGAAGCUGAGAUGAUCAGCAUAGAAGUGUGCGAGACGGAAGCGCACGGCGUGGUGCUGCGCUACUGCCCGCUGGAGGGCGCGGCGGGGGCGGACGGCGCGGCGGGGGGCGCGGGGGGCGAGGCGGGGCGCGCGGCGUGGGGCGCGCUGCUGGAGGCGCAGCUGCACGUGCUGCACGCCACGGUGGCGCUGCAGGAGCCCUUCCGCGCGGGGCUGGCGCGCCGCCCCGCGCUCGCCAGGGUCCACGUGCCCGGCUGGGCCGGUCUAGGUGGCGUUAGAUACAUACCGCCGGGAUGGGAAGGCGCUUCAGCGGAAGAAUUGAACUCGCUCAAUCGGCAGUUGGUGGAAACGCUGCGAGCCACCGACGGGGCAUUCUCGUGCGGGGACGGAGAUGACGGACUGGCUUGUGUCAGGUUCGGUAUGGUGACGGAAGAUACAGAUGUCGACGAGUUGCUGGACCUCGUUAUAUCUGCUGGCGAAGAGGUCGAGGAGAGCUGCCGUGCGCUCACGAACAUGACCGAAGUGCUAAAGAAAGGUAUCGAGGAGGCUCAAGCGGACAUAGAGCGCGAGAACGCGGAGCGCCUGUGGCAGGAGGGGCUGCUGCGGCGCGUGCCCGUGGUGGGGCGCGUGGUGGAGUGGUGGGCGCCCGCCGCAGUGGCGCCGCCGCGCGGCCGCCGGCUGCAUCUGGCGCACGGGACGCUGCAGACCACCGACGACGUCUACAGGCGCGUUCAAAACAAAGACAAAGACACAGAGCCGGCGCGCGCCCACUCGCCGACGAGACAAACUCCGGCCGCCGAGCAAUAACUACGUCUGUAAGUUUGUAUAUGUAUACGUCACUCACCAUGUAUGCCCAAUGUUGGUCACACAUGCCCUAUUACGUUGGCCAAUAAAACAUGGUUCAACAUAAUUCUGCAAUCAUAAAUACUAACAAAGAGUUAGUCCUAAUGACAUUUUAUACCAAAGAUUGCAUUGAUUUGUGUUGUUGAUGCAACUACGUUUCAGAAACGUUAACAGAACCUAACAUUUUUACCAAUAACUUUAAUAUAUUUUGGUGCGAAUUGUAAAGAAUUGUAAAUGGCUUCAGAUCUCAAAAUUGUUAUACCAGCGUAUGUAUUAUUAUUUUGAUAAUGUUUAGAAACUGGAGUUGACGGCACAUGAGUCUGAUGACUGCUAAAUUGGAAUAGUAUUAUUGUUAACGAUCAUUCGGCUAAAGCCAUAAGUGUUCAGUCAACUAUUAUUGAAUUAAAAACUGCAUAAAUUAAUGUUACGAUUCGAACUUAUUAAGAUAUAGUUUCUAGUAUUAAGGACCUUAUAAGGCAAUAUUACACGCAUGUAUAAAAUGCCUUAAUUAUAGUGAUCUGUAAAAAUUCUAAAGUUUUUAAUAAAACGUACAAGUGGUUCGAUUCAUUAGUCAUGUUAAUAUAUUUGUCACUACAAUAUCAAUAUGAAACAAAUAUGACACUGAAAAAUAAAAAUGUGAUUCUUAACCUGUGAGUGGUAGAGUUACGUGACGCAAUAAAACUGUCUAUGUAGUUUGAAAAAUAUAUUAAUGUGUAUACUUAAUACAUAAGGCUCCAUACCAUUUUUAAUCGACGUAUGAUAGGAAGUAGCUCGUUAAGAUUGAUGAUGAAAAUAAAGUUCCCGCCUCGCCUUAGUGCAAAUAAAUUGCUUAAUUUGGUUCCUUGAAUCCAUUACUGACAUGUUGCAUAAUACUACUGCAGUUUGUCCCUAUUCGCGAAUAAGUUUUUGAAUACCUUUAAGGUAAGGUACUAUACCAACUUGCCCUUUAAUACCCAUGUUUCUAAAAUUUAUUUGAUAAUCACGCUGCUAUGCCGUGAGGUCACUCUGUCUCUCUCAUUUAACUCGAGUCUGUUUUGCCCCGUCCAGGUAUCGGUGAAAGGACCCCUUUCACAGAUACCUUAACAAGUGAUCGAUGUCCCGCCGCCAUCGCCCAUAGUUUUAUUCUCAUCAUCAUCUUAAUUGCUAAUAGCUGUAAUUUAAAGUAGCUUUUCUAAUCAUAGAAUAGCAUAAAGUAGUUUCUAGUUAUUAAUGUAUUGCAAAGGUCCAGUAGUCGGUCUUAGGUAAAACGAAUGGCAAUAUAAAAUACAUGUACAGAAAAAUAACUUAAAAUAAGGUUUUCAUUAAUUUUGAUUUCCUUAUAUUUUUAAUGAAUUUGCAUUUCCUUGCCACAUUUAUCCAUAGACCUCUUGAAUUGAAUUCCUCGUCAUUGAAUUUUGAACUACACUAGCGCCAAAUUAAAUUGCGUGUUCAUUUUAAGAACUAACUUGGGAAAAGUGUGUUGGCUAUUUUGUUUUCUACGUUAUUGAAUUAAUUAAAUUCGUAUUACUAUUAAAAAAAUAAAUUAAACUCAGUAAAUAAAAACAAUGUCAAUAUGAUUACCAACAACAAGUUAGAUGAUUGCAUUUUUCUUGCAUUCGGACUGUCUGAAAAUUAACUGUAUAAUAAAUUAUGAUGUUAAAUUAAAUUAAUUUAUUUUAGUCGAAAGUGCUAUAAUUUAGUGUUGCAUACAAUUUUAAUUAUUUGUCAAACAGUAAACUGAAUAUCAAUUAUUAACGGCUAGAUACUUUAAGCGCAAACUUAAUUAGUUUGGACUGAGCUAUUAUUUGGAUGUUCAAUUCGUUUAUUGUUUUAAUGUAGAAAGAAACCUGCCAGACAUUGGAGUCCUGCAAACAGCUACUUAUACAAAUAAAUGUAAUAAAAAAUUGGUGAUUUGAUUUGUUACUGCUCAUAUUGCUGUAAAAAUAAUGCUAUUGUAAGCACUUUUACUUCAUCAAAAGAAAUCUCGCUCAGGGAAAACAUUAAUAAGAAUGCUCCAAAAAUUGAUAACAAAAGUAUAUUACAGCAGCUUCUUAAAAGUUUGACUUUAUUUAUUUAAUUAAAUAAUCUAGCCUCGAUUAGGUUAUUAGAAUAAAUUUAGUAAAUAAUAGGAUUUAUAUUUUAUGAUAUCACAAUAUCUGUAAUUAAUUCAAUAAGUCAAUAUAAUUAUCCCAGUGUUUAAGGUUAAGACUGAUGCGUUAUCGCAGUCAUAACAUCGCGUAGUAAAAAGUUUGGUAGUCAACAUUCGAAGGCAAUUAUUUAUUUAUUUAAACUUUUUGCUCAAAUAGUACAGUCAGCAAUAAAAGUUGAUGAACACAAUAAGAUCUCUAAUCUAAUUCUGUUCUUUUAACUCUAACACUGCAUGAAGUAUCGUGGGUUCGGUCUUCGCGUACGACAAGCAUUUGUUUGACACACACAUAUGCUUUAUCUAAAUUUUUAAUCCCUAAGAUUAAAUUCCAAUUAAAUUUAAAUGAGUUAUAAGUUUCCUUUAACACACACCAUAAGAUGAAGUAAUUUUGUACACUCUUCGCACUUCAGCAAUCAUAUCUCAAAGAUCUAUAGUAUACAUCAACUCCUGUUGUUGACUCUACAAGUAAAUGAAUAAAUAACUGCUUUACAAAUUUCGUAAUUAAGAGCCCGACGAUAUGUACUGUCCUUUUAAGUCAAACCUAUGAAAUAGAGAAAUAAGUUCGAUACCUGUUUGAAUAUGUUUAAGUUCCUGAUUUACUUAAUGUUUCAAAUGGCCACGGGUAUAUACGGCUUACGGAAUUUAUUAGCUAAUGAAUUGGGAAUCAUCACCAUCAUCAGCUCAUAUUCGUCUACUGCUGGACAUAGGCCUUCCCAAUUGUACUCCAUCGAGAUCUAUCUUCGGCUGCUCGCAUCCAGCUCCUGCCAGCUGCAAUUGCAGUUCGCUGUUAUACUAUGCAUGGGCUCCCGAGCUCUUCCAAGCCUAUAUCCCGUCUUUCACACACAGUCGAACCUUCCUCCCUACUGUUAUCGUUAACACAUAUUUAACCAUAAAGUAGAAAUAACUUUCAAUGAAACAUUUUCAACGUUUUCUAAACUAAACCCGUGGCCAUUAAUCUAAACUAAGGAAUAGACAUUUUAGCUCCCCUAACGCACAUUGAAUAACGCCAUAUUAACAUAGUAAGUAUCCAUGUAAAACCACAUUUUAAGUGAAAUUAUGAAAAUGCGUGAUUGUACAUUCAAAGCAUUUGCAACAUUUAAAGUGCUAUUAAUUUAAUGUAUAAGAUUAUGCAUUAAACCAUUAUGUAUUUAGUUCAUAAACUAGGCAUCUAUAAUAUUUAUUUUUAUAAACGUUAGAUAUCAUUCCAGUCUGUUCUAUGUAUGAACUUAGGUAUUUAUUUUAAUCAGGUUUCCAUUUAAAAAUAUUAGCUUUUGAAGUUUAUGCGACACAACUGCAAACAACUUUAAAUUUCCAUCGUACAUAUUUAGAUAAACCUUUAUCUUCUCAUUCAAACUGAAAUCUGAUAAACCCAUGCAUAACUGCCUCACUUUGAUAGUAACAAAGAAUUGUGGACUUUACUACUUUGCCAUAAAGACUAAAAUGUAAUAACGCUUCCACAUGUUUCAUCCGUAAUCCUCUGUCUGAUAACUUACGGCAUACAUUGCUGAACACAACCAUUGAGUAAGACAUUCGUAGAAACAGAUUGCAAUGACGUCACAUUGGCGAUAGACAACGGAUUAUAGAUCAAAUCUUCUAGUAUUCGGUCAAAGACAUUUUGUAUUCAAAGUGUGAUUGUCGUCGUAUCGAUAUAGUGACCACAUAUUUGUACAAGUUGUGUACAAAUGGGAUCAACACUCGAUACUAACGGCGUUAUCUCAUUGGUUGUCAUAUAACAGUGGCUUGCUAUCAGUUAUCGAUAUAUAACUCCUUUCACUUUAUAAUAUUAAAAUUACUGGCAUUCUUAUAUGCACUGAAUAUGGCUUGAAGCAUGGGGAUUCGUUCGGCUUGUCUAUUACCGUUUAAUCAUUCAACCUUAAAGUAAUAUGGUAUUACUAAAAUAUUAGAUAUUCAAUUAUAACUCACAAAAAAUAUUACGACGGUAAAACGUCAUACGAUAAGUGACCUCGCAUGACAUUUGAACUCACAGUAUAAUCUAAUUUUUUGAUUACGCUAUCCGAUGAUAUACCAAAUAAUACCUGCACUAUUAAAUGGUAAUUAUUGUUAAUUUGCUACUUUUUAUUGUGAUCGAAAGAUACGCUUGUCUGGAUAUGUAUCAUUUAUUCUAUUUUGAAACUUAACACAAACAGAUAAAGUUUAUUUUUAGUUAACUUUUUGCUAUAGGGAAAGAAUACGAUGAGAGAAAUAUAAAUUGUAUUUGAUAAUAAAAAUAUUUCAAAGAAUUCAUUGUAUGGUUGUGGUCGCAUAAGUUUCAAAUACAGCUUGGAUACACACAAAUAAUACGUAUAUCGGUGAUAAUAAUUAUUAUUUUGGUACAAAUAUGUAUGUAUAAUGUUUAGUUUUAGUUUUUUAAGUAUUUUUGUGGGCUUGUGUUGCAUUGGGACAUGUUUCCAGUAAGAAAAUCACAAGCAAGGACCAGGCAUGUAUCAAUACUGUAGGUAGGUACUCUAGAAUGAAUUGCAACAGAUGAGGGCAACUGAUUUCCAUUCACAAUUUAAUUACUAUAUAUGUAAGUAAAUGAACCAUAGUUCCUGCUUUUAUUGUUCUCGUGUUUCGAUGUCGUCAAUUUAUCAUGAAGUAAAUGCCGAAACAUGGUAAUAUUCACCUCAUUACUUGCAAUACAGCCUUACUUAUGAUAGUCUCUUUGAACUGCCUCCCAAGAAAACUAUACUCGAAUCUGAAAAAAAAAACAUUUAGUUUGUCGACAUAAAGUUUAACGUCUGACUACAGUUUUGUACGGCGAACCUUAUUUGUUUUUAGUAUAUUAAAAAUGUACAUGGACUUUUUUUAACCGAAAUUGAUACAUGCAUUAUGCGUCCAUGCUUUUCCUUAAUAAAAAAAACAUGUUAGGAAACUUGUGUCCCAAUAGAAACCGCGGUUUCCACAUUAUUAUUAUUAAGAAGUGAAGUUAUGAUUCAAUUAUCCUGUAAAAUUUAAUGAUAUAAGUUAUUGAAUGAUUAAAAAAUAAAAUUAUACAAUGUUA